AUGGAACUUCAAGACACUUACUAUAACAAGUCUGAGUAUGUGGAAACGGCCUCGGGGAACAAAGUGAGCCGGCAAACGGUCCUCUGUGGCUCACAAAACAUUGUCUUGCAUGGCAAAGUUAUUGUUCAAAGUGAUGCUAUAAUCAGGGGAGACCUAGCUAAUGUUAAAACGGGAAGGUUCUGUAUAAUUAGCAAGGGAUCAGUUAUAAGACCACCUUUCAAAAAAUUCAGCAAAGGAGUGGCUUUUUUCCCUCUUCAAAUGGGCGACCAUGUCUUCGUAGGUGAAAAUACUGUAGUGAAUGCAGCUGUUGUUGGAUCCUAUGUUUAUAUUGGCAAAAAUGUUGUCAUUGGUCGUAGAUGUGUUUUAAAAGAUUGUUGCAUGAUUGAAGAUAAUUCUGUGCUACCAGCGGAAACAGUUGUGCCUUCAUUUGCAAGAUACUCUGGGAGUCCCGCAAGGCUAAUCACAACACUUCCCGAAGCUACACCUGAUCUCAUGACAGAAUUUACAAAAAGUUAUUAUCAACACUUCCUACCCACUACUGUUAAUUAG